CUGAAACGUUGCAGGCGUGAAUAGUAUUUUAUAAAAAUGAUUAAUAGUGUCACAACUAAUGUGCUUUUUGCGAUAUUAGCGCUAUCAGCCCUACCCUCUGCAGACCUAACAUUAAAGAAACAUUUCGGUGGAGGAAGUUACGGAGGCGGCGGCGGUUAUGGGGGUGGGGGCGGCUACGGAAUGCAGCCCAUAGCAUACCAGCCGGUGGUAACACAACCUGUUGUGCAGCCGGUGAUUGUCGAAAGGCCCGUUCAACCAGUAGUUAUCCAAAGACCAGUCGUAAGGCCUAUAGUUGUGCAAAGGCCUGUUCGUCCAGUGGUCGUCCAGCGGCCUGUUCGACCAGUGGUUGUCCAACAGCCUGUCCAUCCUGUUGUCGUAGAGCAACCGGUGCAUCCCGUUGUCGUUGAACAACCUACACAUCCAGUUCAGCAACCCACUUAUUCUGAUGGGGGAAGUAAGGGAGGUGGCUACGGGGGAGGUAAAGGGGGAGGCUAUGGGGGAAGUAAAGGAGGAGGAUAUGGAGGUGGUGGCGGUGGCGGUGGCGGAGGCGGGGGAGGUGGAAAUAGUGGUUAUGGGGGAGGCGGUGGAUUUGGUUUUGGAGGAGGAGGUGGAGUUGGAUACGGAAAAUAA